GCGUUGCCCAUCCGUGAACAAGAAAAGGAUAAGGAGGAGAGUCACAUGUUUUUUUUUUUUCUUUUUUAUCCCUCCCUCCCUGUGUAUGUGUGUGUGUGUUUGUUACAGUCGAAGAGGGUCGCCUCAAGACGUAGAGGACUGCUGCCUGUCAGUUUCGACUGCCUCUCCUAACCGAACGAACCUGUUCUCCGCGCGUUCCAGUUUCGUUUUGGAUUAUUUGGCUAACGUGCUCGUUCAAAAUGCCAAACUGGAUCGACUGAAAAUAUUGUAGAGACAUUUGCGCUAAUACUCUAAAUUUGUAUGAACAUUUACGACCGGUCCACUCACAGCUGGAAUUUGGCGUGCAAAAAUGAAGAAAAGAUCCAGCGUUGUGGCCAUCAAGACGGUCACUUCACGGCCGGUUUUGUUUCUAUGGACCAUCGUUUCCAUUUUGGUAGCGUUCCUCUGUUGCUGGUCGUAUUCUCAGCCGGCUUGGACGCUGCGCUCGUCCAGCGAGAUCGGAUCGCUGGAACAGCAUCCAAUCACGUCUGCUCACAUUGGUACAGUAACAUCGGAUGUGGGCCAAACGGCCACGACAUCAGUCCGAAGAAGAUUGGAGCGGGCCGUUUCCAUUCAACUGCCGGCCGAUGAGGUGCCGUUGAUGUCCGAAGAGGACGUCAAUGCCACAGCGUCGGACAUGAUAAUGACACCCGGCCGGAGCGCAAUACCGCUCGUCCACAUCGGAUUGUUCGGCAUGUGCAUCUACACUCAACAUCAGCCGGAAAGGCGGCCCGAAAGCACCGUCACCUGUGUCGGUCAUUCGGAUUUGGAUUACGAAUGGCUCCCACCGGCUUGGCAGGUGACUCGCGUUCUCUGCGGAGGUGGUUGCUUGAUGCUACUGGCCUGCGCUGUCGGAUCCGUGGCCGUCGCUUUCGUCCGUCAUCAUCACAGACAACAGGAGCUCAUCAAAAUCACGGCCGUCGUUCAAUUAGCUGCCGCUUCGGUGAUGUUGCUGGGAUUGUGUUUCUACCCAUUCGGAUUGCGUUCGGAGAAUUUGCACCAUUUCUGCGACGAACGUUGCCAACCAGGCUGGUCAUCUCUAGUUGCAGGGUUGUCCAGUGCAGCCGCUUUCCUCUGUCCGGUUCUGGCCACCCUUGUUUCCAACCCGAUCUACGACCUCAACCCUUGGGAGGCUUAUCUCCUGCUCUGAAGCCAAACAAAAUACGUACGUCUGCUGUAUACACACACAGCAGGCGCAGUCAGCCAAACAAUCUUUAGAUAAUAGAGAAAACGAUGUGCCACUGAAAACAUUUUUUUCUUCUUCAUUUUUGUAACAUAAAUUACAACGUCAAAGGAAAAAUGAAGAGAUUUCUCUUGUAUAAAUGAAAUGUCGAUACAGUAAACGAAAAAAAAAACGGUGACGAGAGGGAAAAUCAAAGUCAAAAGUGAUGAGCAAAAAUGUGCGUGCGUGUGAGCGUGUGAUGUCGGGAAUGCAGUUAGCGUUGGUGUAGAAUGUCGCCCCGUGUUAUUUCCGUGUGUGAUGUGAUUGUCCAUCAAUCGGUGGUCUAAAAAUAGGACGGACCCAAAGAUAAAAUACAAAUACACUGAUGUCAGAUUCUUAUACAA